AUGAAUUUCCAAUGCGAACCUUUAGGACAAAAGAUUAAAAUUUUGAUGGUUAACCCACUUGUUCCGAGUUCUCAAUUAAUUUUAAUCAAGAUAUUGUCUGGUUCAGUGUUUGGUGAUAACGUUUUUAUAGAUUUGCUACUAUUAGUUUAUUCUGAUAAAGUUGCCACAGCUGAAACUUUGAAAUGGGAGUUAGAAAAAUGCGCUUUUUCAAAUACUAAUUCUAUACAAGUCACUACAAACCUACCCAGGCCAAAAGAUGCCGCUGUAUUUUGUAUAAUGUCUGAUUUUGAAAAUCCUAAUUAUUUCGAUAUCGAUGGCAUGGAUAACGAAACACAGUUUGAUACCAUGUACCUGUUAAUUAAAUUCGCUAAUUAUUUAGAAUGGACAGAGGAUGAUGAAGCGAAUGGUGAAAAAGAUAAAACAAAACCGAUUUUUGUCAGCGAUGGCUUGAUAGCUAUGGAUAUACUUUUCUCAUUAUCCAAAAAUUUGCCUUGGGAUUUGUUUUUCUGCCCCUCGCCAAUUGAAGCUAUUUCGAAAUCCGUUCUGGGAGAUCAUUUGAAUGUGCGAUUUAAUCAAAUUAAUGAGGUUCGAGUCUGGGCUGCGAAUGAUAGAGUGUUUCAUGUCGAAGUGGAAAAACCUAUUAUAAUAACGGACUCCGUUGGUGACGGAUCAAACUCGGAGUGCGAUCGAAGGAUAAUAAGCAAAGAGACGCUGCAAUCUUCGAAAUUGGACUAUACUCAGUUCAAUUCUACAUGGAUGAGAAAAGAAUUUAUUGAAAAGGUGGCGUCAUAUGCCGCACGGAAUCCUUACGGAUGUAUUUAUAAGGCAGCUGAAUUCGCCAAAAGUUUGAAACAAAUCUGGAAAGCACGUACCGGUGGGACCAAAGUUUGCAGCAACAUGGGCGUCAUUAGUGACGGCUCGAUUGGCACUGUCAAAGGGUGUCCGUAUGUAAUGCCAUUGAUAUUUAACGGAAAAUCUUGGAAGGUUAACAAAUGUUACGAAGAUAACUCGUAUUUAAAACAGGAAAUGAAAAGAAUCAAUAAAGCUGCAGAAGAAGAACAUCAAAAACUUAUUCCAUAUUGCAAGAAGUUUUUGGAAGAAAAUGUAAUUAAUUUAGGUUUCAUCUCGGGCGACAAUGUUACGAGCAGCUACUGUGACGAAAGCAGCUCCCACUGUUUAUUGCGAAGGUCGACGAGAUCCUAA